AUGGCGACACCUCCACUAGAGCAGUUAUCACCUGAGUACCUCUCUGAAAAUAACGGUAGCUCCAGGCUCAUGAACACAAGCAUCGCCUUUAUUGUCUUAUCAACAGUCAUCUACGCCGCCUUCGUCGUUUCUCGAGUUUCCCUCGUAGCAAGGAAUGGAUGGGAGACAUGGACGCUCUAUCCACUUUCUUACCUUUUGGCAUUGGCACUUUGCGUGAUUGGGAUAUUGAUCGUUACGAUUGGCGGGGGUGGCCGGCAUACCGCUGUUUUUCUUGCUAGCGAUCCGUCGAAUAUUCGUCGAGAAAAGGACUCGGAUCAUAACAUGGGUUGUUCUGGCCGUGGUGGUAUUAUCCUUGUCUUCACCAUUUGCAAACCGUUCGCUUUCAAGUGGGAUAAGACUAUCCAUGGAGAAUGCGCCGAUUGGAUGGCCAGUUACCGCUAUGUCAGUAUCCCCAACAUAAUUACUGACAUAGCUAUCAUUCUGCUGCCUGUGCGGAUGCUGUAUCAGCUGAAUCUGGGUAGAACGGAGAAGCUUGGCGUCUUUGUGGCGACCAUGGCAGGUGGAUUAGGAAUAAUCACUUCUGUGAUUCGAUUCGUCGGGUUCUACUUAGCCGACCUACCUUCAGACGUAACGUGGUACACCGUGAACACAUCGAUAUAUACCAUUAUCGAAGUCGCGGCCUAUUUUGUUUGCUCCUGUCUCCCUGGCAUUCGUCCCCUCGUCCGCCUGUUAUACAAAAAGUUAGAUCUUUCCAUCCUAACUUCGCGCGUGACUAAAAGCAGUAACUGGCAAUCACCGGAGGCGGAUAUGCCCUUGGGAAAUCCGAGGGCUACUUAUAAGGCUUCGGUAACUUCGUCUAGGCAAUUGCGCUCCGGCGGAAACGAAGGUUUCAUUCUUCUAGAGGAGACCAUUCAGGUUGGGACCAGCUCCACAGGGUCGGAUCCUCACGCUCGGCGACAGUGCCCCAGUGAGCUUUGA